AAACUGAACUAUUUUUUUUGUCCAAAAGUCUCCAGGAUGAACGCAGCAGCAGCAGGUGAAGGCAACAAAGCUGCACCGCCCAAGUUCAAGAAGAAGGAGACGAGGCAGUUCAAGAGCAAGGCCCCCAAAGCUGGACAGAAAGGUUUUGACAAUGAUGUCCCAGGGAUGGAUGGUCUUGGAGACUCAGCAGUGGUUUGCCCAUGGGAGGCAUUCGGCAACAUGGAGCUGAGCGACCUGGCUCAGUUUGGCAUCGUCUAGACGAGGGGCUCCUGGGGAGGGGGGAGGGCGUGGCUGUUAUUUCCUGAUUCUGGACAGAUGUUGUUUCACAGUGUGGUUACUGAAUUUAUAUGAGGAGAUGACAGUGCAGUGUUCACUGUGAGGCAGAUCUCUGCAGUGUCAGGAUUAAACAGAACCUUUAAAGGAAUACUUCACCGAUUUGCAUUUAGCUUUGGUGGGAAGCACAAUUUUUCAAAAAUACUACCCCUAUUCUAGUAAUACAAAGCUAAAUGCAAAUCGGUGAAGUAUUCCUUAAACCAAACCCACAAGAGGAAUGUUCUACUUUUGUCAAAGCUGUUUGAAUGUACUUAUAUUUAUUUUUGCAAUAUAAGCUAAAUGUGAAAGAGUACCAUUUAUUAAAGAGGUUGCAUGUUGCAGAGGGAUAUUCCUCAGCAAUGUAGCCUACAGUUAGCAUCACAAGAUGUUUAGUUAAAGCAUGGUGGUCUAAAAUAUUUUAUAUACAAAUGAAAAUAACCUCAUCUACAUCCACAUUGGAGCAUUUGAUAUGAUGGUUUUAGCUCAUGUGUACAGGAUAGAAACUGUAUAUCUUGAAUAAAAAUUAUUUUCCUUACAAUUAUAUUGUGUGUUUUUUCAACUGUCGAAAGUAAAAAAAAGAAUCUGACUCUACUGUCAUCUGCUGAACAGCACAAUUUUGACCCUUAUCUUUAUUAUGAUGUUAUAUUUUCUGUAUGAAUGAAUAACUUUAUGUUUAUCACAUUGUUUUCUUUAACCUGAAAUAUCAAUACAUUUGUAUUGAUCCCAAAAAAUCAGCUGGUUGCACAUUGAUUUGUGCAAAAAAAAAAAAAUCAGUCCAAAAUCCUUUUCAGCCCCUGAUAAUGUCUGUAGAAUUGAAUCCAGACA